GGCCCGGCGUCGCGGUGACUUUUGCUGUGACCGGAGGGGCGGGGCUGCCGACGGCCUGACUCAGCUUCCACGGCCGCGGCCCUCAGUUGGCUGCACGUUGGCAUCACCUGAGAAGCCUUUUUUAAAAUGCAGACGCCCUGACCCCGCGCCAGAGCAGCGAGUCCGAAACUGCGGGGGACUGCGGACCCGGCGGCCCGGGGUGUUUGCAGUCGAGACCCUGAUACCCCUGCCCCCGGGAUCCGGGUUGGGACCACCAGCACCUGCCCGGGCCUACCCAGCUUCAGCUUCACCUCCCUCGCUGAGCCAGCAUGGGGGAGCAGGCAGAGAACUGUAGGGCUCCAGAGGACCUAUUCAAUGGUUUGAAAGUUACAGUCCCCCAGGAAGAAGAGUGUGCUGGCACUGCAGCUUCUAAUCCUAAAGACCCCCAUUCUCAGGCCACGUUGGGGGGAGAUGAGGACCAGGAGGAGGAGGAGCACUUCCACCCCUGCAGGUCCUCCUUUGAGGAGGAGCCGGGCGUGGAUGAGGUAAAGAACAAACCUGAUGAAGAUGUGAAUUCCUCUGAACUGGAUGAAGAAUACUUAAUAGAACUGGAAAAAGACAUGCCAGAAGAAGAGAAACAGAAAAGAAAAGAGAAGAGCACUCAGCUUAAAGAGGAGGGAAAUGAACAGUUCAAGAAAGGAGAUUAUAUAGAAGCCGAAAGUUCUUAUACUCAGGCUCUUCAGAUGUGUCCAUCCUGCUUCCAAAAAGAUAGGUCCGUCCUCUUUUCAAAUAGAGCUGCUGCAAGGAUGAAACAGGACAAGAAAGAGCUGGCCAUCAGUGACUGCAGCAAAGCAAUUCAGUUAAACCCCAGCUACAUCAGGGCAAUAUUGCGGAGAGCAGAGUUGUACGAGAAAACUGACAAGCUCGAUGAAGCCCUGGAAGACUAUAAAUCCAUAUUAGAAAAGGAUCCAUCAGUACAUCAGGCAAGAGAAGCUUGUAUGAGAUUACCUAAGCAAAUUGAAGAGCGGAAUGAAAGACUAAAGGAAGAAAUGUUAGGCAAACUGAAAGAUCUUGGGAACUUGGUCCUCCGGCCCUUUGGACUCUCCACAGAAAACUUCCAGAUUAAACAGGAUUCUUCCACUGGCUCCUACUCCAUCAAUUUUGUUCAGAAUCCAAAUAACAACAGAUAACAAAGAUGUUGGUGACAAGCUGGCUGGAGGUGGUGCGCUGCUUGCUGGUCGGGGACAGGCGGCUCAUGUUCACUCAUGGAAGCAGCUGUCUAUGUUGUGUGCAAGCUGCCCAGCAGGGCCUGUCCCUCUCCCUCCCCAUCCCACGUGUUCCGUGAAGGAGGGACUCACCUGGUGGUGUGAGCCUAAUUUGCUUUCAUUUCAAGGUGGUCUCUGUGCCAGUGUUCCUGGUCCUGCUGUCCCUCUGUCCUGGAGGACAUCUGCUUACUUGGGGCUGCCCUCCCACCCCCUGGGACACGCACAUGUGUUCAGUUGAGUGUCGUCGUCACCUCUACCCCCCACCCUCCUGCAAACCUGCCAUUAGGACAUGUCCUGACAUGACUGCCAGGCUUCCUGCCUGCCACCCCAUCCCCGGCUGCCUCAGCUCUGGUGCCAUCUGACUACUCUGUGGUAAUAAAUGCUUUCUCUCGGUCUGA